UAUGAUCGUUGUGUGUGAAUGUAUUUGUACGCGACACGCGGCGAAGUCUAUCGAUUGAUGGGGGAUGUCCCGUUUGUAUUCCCUUUUUAUGACGAACCAAAAUUCACGAACCUACAACUGAAUUUUAUGUUAAAAAACACGCCAAAAUAAUAAAUAAUGAUUGUUGGUUAAUAUAAGUUCGAUUUCGUCGACAAUAGCGUUUUUCAAAGAAGAGAAAAAAGAUGCAUAAUAAUGGCAGCAACCUCCUAUUAGCUAUGAAUCCGGAUAAAUUUGAUUACACAAUGACUGGGGGAGUAGGAGGUGGUGCACAAGAUGUGGAAUUAUGGGACGAGCUUACAGCCUUUCUUGCCGAUCAACCAGAGUAUAGCGAGCUGAUGGACAUGGGAAGUGCACUGCUGCCCACACUAAGCAAUGACAUGUUCAUGAACAGUACAUUAGAUCAGGAAAUCGAACAUUUUAAUACCAUUGAAGAAAAAGUUAAAAUGGCAAGUCAAGAGGACUCGGAAACUGUUGACCAAGAGGAUGGGGUCGUUGAUCAAGAAGAUGAAGAGGAGGCCGAAAUGAGCCAAGCAGACACAUUUUCAAACUACAAACCCAGCAAAUCUGAAGUUGGCCUAAAGCACCCGGAUCUCGUCGUUGAAACCAGUUCGCUAGCGAGUGUACAACCUCCAGAUGUGACCUAUGAACUCGCCUUGCCCGAGGAAGUCAUAUCGGAGGGUAAACUGUCGGCUUUGCAGUUGGAGGUAGUCAUAUAUGCUUGUCAACAGCAUGAAAGGUUCUUAGCAACUGACGAGAGGGCAGGCUUCCUUAUUGGUGACGGUGUAGGUGUUGGAAAAGGCAGAAGUGCAGCUGGAAUUAUUUAUGAAAACUUUCUACUAGGUCGCAGGAAAGCUCUUUGGUUUUCUGUAUCUAGCGAUUUGAAAUAUGAUGCGGAAAGAGAUUUGCGAGAUAUAGGAGCUACAGAUAUAUCAGUAUGUUUACUGAGUAAGGUAAAAUAUGGGAAUCUUAACAGCAAAUCUUUAGGAAUUAGGGAUGGGGUUGUGUUUUCAACCUACUCUUCAUUGAUUCGGGAAAGUCGUGGCAAUAAUGAAAGUCGAAUAAACGAACUUGUACAAUGGUGUGGAGGACUUGAUUAUGAUGGACCUAUCAUUCUUGAUGAAUGCCAUAAAGCUAAGAACUUGUCGACAAAGACAUCAGCAAAGGUCAUUGAACUACAGAAACGCCUACCUAAAGCAAGAAUAGUUUAUUGUAGUGCAACAGGUGCUUCAGAAUUGAAAAACAUGGCAUACAUGACUCGUCUUGGGCUUUGGGGAAAGUCAACCCCUUUCUCAAACUUCCAGGAUUUCCUUAGUACUGUGGAGAAGUGGGGUGUGCGUGGUAUGGAGCUUGUUCCCAUGGAGAUGAAGCUACGUGGGAUGUACAUGGCAAGGCAGCUGAGUUUUCAAGGCGUUUCCUUUAGUAUUCAUGAGGUUGCUCUUUCGGAAGAAUUUACUAAAGUUUACAAUAAGUCAGUGCGAUGGUGGGUCAAAGCAAGGAAAUACUUCCAGGAAGCAUUGGAUAUGCGCGUGUUUGACAAUGGUCAGAAGUCACGGCCUCCAUGGGCUCAGUUCUGGGCUGACCAUCAGCGAUUCUUUCAGAGUAUGUGCAUAGCUUCAAAAGUUGUUUCAGUGAUUGAACAAACAAUGAAAGCCAUAAAUGCAGAAAAUAAGUGUGUUGUGAUUGGGCUACAGUCAACUGGUGAGGCAAGAACGAUAGAUGCUGUAAAAUCAGCUGGGAACAAUUUAACAAGCUUUGUGUCGUCAACAAAAGGAAUUCUUCGCACAUUAAUAGAGAGGCACUUCCCUUGUCAAGACAGGAAGGGUAUACUCGACCUAGACUUCAGUGACCCUGGAAGUAAUCUUUCCCCAGCCAGCUUCAGCCAGGAUGAGGAAGGGGGAGAUAGAUCUAGGAAACGGAAGGGGUUGAUAAAUGAUUUGAGGGAAAACGAUAGCAAAGUCAUGAAGAGUACAGAUAGUCCUGAGGUUAUAACUCUAUCUAGUGACUCGGAAGAUGAUUAUCCUCCAAAACUUCCAAAGGCAAAUGGAUUCCCGAAUCUGUUCAGUACAAGUGACAGUGCUUUUAUAAAUCGGUCAUCCUCUCCGAGUACAAAGCAGAACCUUCAGAAGAUGAAGCAAGAACUGUUGGAUGAGUUGGAGGAGAUUAAUCUUCCUAGCAAUACGCUUGAUACGUUGAUUGAUAAGCUGGGAGGACCACAAAAUGUGGCAGAGAUGACAGGACGUAAACAUAGGAUUGUAUGUGAUAAUGGUAACUUCACUUAUAAAGCAAGGAGUGAAAAUAUUGAUAAAGUCAACAUUAUAGAGAAAGAAGGUUUCAUGAAAGGAGAAAAGUAUGUUGCUGUGAUUUCUGAGGCAGCAAGUUCUGGGAUCUCACUGCAAGCUGACAAGAGAGUGGAAAACAAGAGGAGGCGAGUGCAUAUGAUGCUAGAGCUUCCAUGGAGUGCAGAUAGAGCUAUUCAGCAGUUUGGCCGUACACAUAGGUCAAACCAGGUUUCUGCUCCUGAGUAUGUCUUCCUGAUUUCUGGAUUUGCUGGCGAGAAGAGAUUUGCUUCUAUUGUUGCUAAGAGACUUGAAAACUUGGGUGCAUUAACACAUGGUGAUAGACGUGCCACGAAUUCCACGGAUUUAACUAGUUUUAAUGUCAACAAUAAAGUGAGUCAGCAAUUGUGUAGUGGUUGAUAUCCUGUCUGUUAGGC